AAACCGCAGGAGGAAGAAGCCUCCGUCUGUGUGGAAAUAAUUCAUACAAUGUCCUCAGUUGUAGUAACGGCACAUAGUGACCAAGUUGUUGGUGAAGCUACGGUAAUUCACAUAAAGUAACACAGAUACUUUCUUACAUGCACUCAAAAUGCCGUGCACUGUCUUUUUUCAGGUUGCUCCACGGUUGUCUGAAAGUGUAAACUAUAUGGCUGUGCAAAGAUUCAACCAGAGUGACCAUCCGUGAUUAUGAGUGGUUGCUAACGUUUAUUAGCUUUUUCAAGUCUGCGGUUUGUUUCAUAAACAGUGCGGGUACUUUAUUCGUGCCAUGCUGAAAACCUGCACAACCAUGAGCCAAAAGACAACAUCACCAGAGUCAGGCGAAAACUCUAAGCUGUCGGGACAGGGAAGUGAUACUUUGAACCUGUCCUCUCCCUCAGGAGAGGAGCUGAAAGUUGCCAUCCAGGACCCUGGGAGUGAGACGAACAGCAUUAAACUGCUUCUAAGCGAAUUCAAAAGACUGUACGAACAUAGGUUGAGAUGUCUGGAGCUGGACACCACUGCAACUGACGAGGAAGUGCUGCAGAAGAAAGUGAAUUUCCUGUGGUCUUAUGUGAAUGACCUCGCAGACCAGAACCAGGUGCUGGUUCAGACCAUUGAGGAUCUGCAGAAGGAAGCCGACUACAAGGUUUCCAGUUGGGGAAUGAAGCUCUGCACCUCUGAUCGUAUUUUGGACGUGUCUGACGUUGAUCUGAGGACUUUGUUGCUGGAUGAGCUUGUUGGACCUGCGGCUCACGUCCCUCACAGUACUAGGUCCUUGGUCCAGAUCACAUCUGAGUUAGAAGACCUGCAAAUCCAGUUGCAAACCAAGGACAUGGUCAUCUCUGAUCUGGAGAGGGAGCUCGGAGAGAAUUUCCAGCAGAAGCAAAAGAAUGCAACACAGGCGCUGGAAAGUAGCGAGAGGCUGGUGUACCUGCAGAGCGAGCUCUCAUGUCUGCAGCGGAUCCAGAAAGACAGCAUGAAGGAGAUUGCUGAUAAAGACAUCUGCAUCACCAAACUGCAAGUUAACAAUGAGCUGCUGCAACAAGAUGGGGCCGACACACGUGCUGAGCUCUCCAAGCUGAAUAUGAGAGCGAGGGAGCUUCAGGAGGAGCUGAAGAGAAGAGAGGAGGAAUGGAGGCAAAGAGAAGACAAACAGAGACUGAAAUAUGAAAAGGAGCUUCAAAAAGCAGAGGAGAGGAGAAGGCAGGAGCAACAAGAGAGAGAGGAAGAGUGGGUGAAGAAAGUGGAGGAGAAGGAGAGGGAGGAAGAGUGGAAGAGGGGGAUUGAGGAGGAGAGAAAGGCCCAUGCUCAAGCUGUUAAAAAGUAUGCUGAGAAGGCAGCUGUUUUAAAUUCUGAGUUGGCGGUCAGCAGGAAGCAGGUAGAGCGACAGAACAGGGAGCUGUUAGAGUCUCACCAGAAGGAGGAGACGCUUCUCUCUGAGGCCAAGGCCAAAAUGGUGUCUUUAAGGGGCGAGCUAAGCGCCUUAUUUGAGAGAAGGAUGGAGGAGAAAGAGGCAAAGAUUAACCAACUAACUGAAGAGCUGAAUGGAGUGAGACAAAAGAUGAAAGAGAGAGAGGAGCAUGUGAGGCACCUCGACCAGGAUGUGGCUGGUUUGCGAGCCACACAGGAGUCUCUGAAGGGAACCUUGGCUAUGAAGGAGAAACACACACAACAGCUGGUCCAAGACAUCGCACAACUCAAAGAAAGCCGGGCUUCACUGCAGAGCAAAUUACAAACCAGCGAGUGCAUGUUGAGUGACAUCAGUGAAACCCAGGAUCAGACCAAAACCAGCCUGGACACGGAAAGACAGCAGAGGCAGCAGAUCCAAGACCAGUUGGACUAUGCCAACAAAGAGAUAGAGCAUCUGCAGCAGGAGAUAACACAUGUGCGUCACACCACUGAAAAGAAGAUUCAGAAGAGGGAAAAUAACAUGUGCACACUGGUGAAGGAGCUUACAGAGAGUAAGAAGCAGCACUCUGAAUGUCAGAAAGAGUUGCUCCAAAGAGAGAAGGCUUUGGAGAAACUGAGCGAGGAGAGGGAUGAGCUGAGAGCCAAGAUGGAGGACCGGAGCAGAGAGUCUCUCCACCUCAACCAGACCAAAGAGAGACUGGAGGCUGACUUGGCUCUGAGCCAUGAGAAACUCCACACCUCGCACCUGGAGGUCCGAAGCAGAAAUGAGUUAAUUCUGCAGUUAAGAGCUGAAAUGAAGGCCGCUGAACAAAAGCAUAAAAGGAAACCGGAACAGGUGGCAGCACUGGAGGGUGAGGUUAGACACUUGAAACACAAGGUCAGAAGACAACAGGAAGAGUCUUGUCAGUUAAGCGAAAAGGUCAGAGAUAUUGAGCGCCUUAUAGACCAGAAGGAGAGAGAACAGCAGCAGCUACAUGAUCAGCUCCAUAUUGGUCAGCAACAGGUCGAGACAUUUGAAGGGAAGCUAAAGAGGCAGGAGGUUGAGAUGGAACUUCUUCAUCAGCAGCUGAAAGGAGCCACAGAGGAGCUGAACGAUGCCAGUUUACAAGCCCAGCAGCAGAAAGAAACAGUAGCCAUUUUUAGACAAAAGUACACAGCAGCAAUAGAGAAGGUACAUAGGGUGCAGGGGCAGGUGGAGCUUAUGGAAGAGGAACUGAAGUAUUCACAGCAACAGCUAAGAGAGUCCCAAUUGGCAACUCAUUCAGUGAAGGAAGAACUAGCUGAGAUGGAGCAGCGGUACAAGGAAAAGGUUGGCCAGUGGGAGAACUCACAGGAGGCUCUUGACCAGUUGGCGGAUGAGCUCCAGGCCAAUCAGAAUCUACUGAGGGAAAGUCAACAAAAAGCAGACCAUCUUCAAUGCCUGCUAGGAUCCCUGCAGGAGCAGGCGGACACACUCAAACAGCAGAAACUGAUGUUGGAGUGUGACCUACGGCUGUUUCAACAGAGUCAUUCUCAUUCUGAUGAAGAGUACAUCAGCCUGCUAAGACACAAACAGCAGCUACAGAAGCACUGUACAGAGCAGGUUGAGCGCCUUGCGGAGUGUGAAAAGGCUAUUCUUCAGAUGAAGUCAGAGCUGGAGAGACAAGCCCAGGAAAAAGUGGGUCUGAAGCACAGUCUUCUUGCGUCCCACCAUACACACAUGAGCAAUCGCGGCCAGCUGGAACAGGAAGUGAUACGUCUGAAAAAGGAAGUUACACGCUUAGAGCUUGAGCUGGCUGACACCCAAAAGGUACAUGUGGCACUUCUCAGACAGUCAGAGGAGGAGCUGAAGGAGGCCAGACGAGAGGCAGCGAGAAGGAGCAGCGAGGUGGAUGCACAGAGAGGAGAGGUGCAGAGACUUCAGGAAGAGUUACUGAGGGAGGAGGAGAAGAUCAGGAGUGCCAUCAGAGAGAAACAGAGUCUGAGCACUCGCGUCAGGCAGUUGAGCCAAGAGCUGGAGGACCUACGCUGCCAGCUGCAAGUCACAGUGGAGGAGUUGGCAGCCCGUGCAGGGGAGGCGAGGCAGUUGGAGGGGUGCCUGAAUGAGGGAAAGCUAGCAGAGGGGAAAAUAAGGUCAAUGGCUGUGAGGCUGGAGACGGAGGUGGCAGAGCUCAAGAGGAAUCUUCAGCAGGCUGUCGAUCACAAAGUCAAGGCCGAGCGAGAUGCGCAGGAUGCACAAGACCAGGUGGACACGCUCCGGUCAGAGCUGGAGAGGACACGGUCUGACAAUGCAAACCUUCGCCAUGAAAGUCAGCUGGUCAUGACUAAUGUCAGCCAUUGGAUUACUGAACAAAAGGCUUCCAACGAGAGCCUCACUGCCCAGAUGAAGGCCCAAAACAAGGUGCUGCUCAUCGUCACUGAAGAGAAAGAACAUCUGCAGGACGGUUAUGACACAUUGAAGGAAGAGGUAAAGAGUCUAAAAGAAGUGGCGGCUAAGAAGGAGAGAGACAUGGAACACUUUAAGGCCCAGAUCCGAGACCAGGGCAUCCAGCAAGACGAGAGAGCCAUGGAAAAGCAGGGCUGUGUGGCUCUAAACCUCAGCAAAAUCGAGGACAUGCAGACCAGACUGCGAAGCAACCUGGAGGCCAUCGGAAUGCUAAAUCAACAAUUAAACUGGCUCAGCAGGGAGAAUAAGCGGUUGCGUAGGCAGCUGGAGGAGGAGCGCUCCAUGCGUAGACAAGUGAAGCGACUGAUCCCUCCUCCUCCUCCUCCCACCUCCUCCAUCCACCUCUCCGUCAGAGCCCGCCCACCUCCUCUCUCCACCUCCCUACCCUCAUCCCUCCCCCUCCCUCAUCCCCUGAGCCUGGACACAGCGACAGGGGACACUGACAGGACUCUAACCCAAACCAAGCUGAGCCGUGCUGUACUAGAGAGACCAGGUGAGUGUGAGGUUUUGGGUGAAGCGUACUGGAUUAGGCCCACUGCCUCUCUGGAAGACGUUCAGUCUGGGUGGACAAGCAGGGAUCUGAACUAAAUAAAGCCCCCUGAAGACUUUGACCUGUCAUGACUUUUUGACCUGCAGCUCCUCACCGGGGAGUGUGCUCAGUAUGAGGUUAAUGCCCUGCAGGUCAAAGUCAAGUCCCAGGGUGCGUUUUGCCUGAGGGGGGCUCCAGAACCAGCAGAUGAUGGAAUUCUCUCAAAUCACCUCAAAAAUAUCUCUACUACUGUGCCAUUAAGAGAUUUAUUCCAAGAACAUAUUCACAUUUUUUUAUACAUUUCAAAUCUGACACUUAACAUAAAAAAGCAAUUCAUUGCAUCCUCAAAAUGCUGCACUGCUCGGAGCAGUAGCAGCAUAUAACUUUGGCAAUUACUUCAAAUAAAUGGUCUUGUUUUGCCACAAAACUGUAGCACUAAGCACUAAAAUAUAUUAUUGCUACGCUGAUUUGAAAAUCUGGACAGCUCUGAUGAACUAUAAUCAAUUUCAAUUCUACUUAAAUAGGCAAAUGGCCUCCACAGAACAAGUGGCUAACUGCAAAUUCAUAAGUGUUGAUGAAUGUGUCUUACACUGGAGAAGAGUGGUGCUUUGGUUAAAUGAGAGACGGCACAUCAUCAGUAUCCACAGACGGACCUCAGAUGUUGAUGUGGAUGGCUGUAACACAGUCUCUAAUUAUGCUGCAGCUGUGCGCCAUGUGUCCUGCAUCUACUGCGGCGAAUGUGGCCGUGUGUCUUCAUGUGCAAGUACAUUAUGUGUCUGCGUGCUUCUGUCUCUCUGUAAGUGCCUGUGGAGUGUGUGUGUGUGAUUGAGUGUAUUAGAUGUUCAUGAUGGUAGAUGUUUAAUAUUUUGUUUUAUACUUUCAAAAACUAUUUAUUGAUUUUUCUCUGUCGCUGUGUUCGAGCCCCCGCGUUGUUAAGACGGGAAAAUAAAAACCGAUAGAGAUUUGUAA